UAGGGUAAGUAAGGGAGGGAGGCCACGCCCCCCAGGGUCGGAGCGGCGCAGGCGUGGGGCGUCGACCCCCAGACUCCUGGGGUAGGCGCGGGCCCUCAUGCUCGCCCCUCACACUACUCUCGCUCCUCACACCUCGGCUGUCGCUCCUCACGCCUCAGCUGUCGCCCCUGACACCUCAUUUGUCGCCCCUGACGCCUCAGCUGUCGUCUCUCACGCCUCAGUUGUCGCUCCUCACAUCUCAGUUCUCAUACCUCAGUUGUCGCUCCUCACGGCUGGUGUUGGUGCUGCUUGCGGGAGCGAUGCCGUGGCGUUGGGGAAAGUCGAGGCCGCGUGCGGCACCAAAAGCCGCAGGGCAGCCGCAUGGAGAGAGCAACAAGCCGCAGGGUGUGUGGACUGUGAGCAGCGCCCCUGCGGCAGGUGAGGGUGUGCCGCAGGAGGAGGGUGUGGCGCAGGACGUGCUGCACGGACCGCUGCUGCUCAUCAGAGUGACGCUGCGGGGCCUGGGCAUGGUACCGUACCGGUACAGCUGCGCCUCGCGCCGGUACGAGCUGAGGUGGCGCAGCUGGCGCGGUGCGCACACCCUGGCGGUGCUGGUGUGGCUGAGUGGUCUGGUGGUGUCCACCUGCGUGGGUCUGGCCACAGUCUUCCUGCAGGCACAACCGGUGCGGGCCACCGCCUCAGGCAGCCACGAGGUGCAGCUGAUGGGCAUGGCCAUCAUCGUGGGUUGCCUGCUGAACGCGUGGGUGGAAGUGCUCAACCUGGUGAUGCUCGGGCAGCCAUUGUGCGCCUUCCUUAACCAGUGGCAGCAGUUGGCAGCCCGCACCACCCUAGACCCCACCAGAGGGCUGCGUCUCGCCUCAUGCGUCUACGCCAUCUUCCUGUACGCCUUUGUGGUGGCGGUGCUGGUGGUGGCUGUGCUGGGGCCACCCGCCAUGUUGAUGGACAUCGUGGACCUCCUGGCCCAGGUCCUGUUCCUGGUGGACCCCCGCUGGCUGGCCCAGGACACUCUCCCGGUCCAGGUGGUGCGUGUGGUGGUGGGUAUGGUGGUGGGACACCUCUACAUGGUGUACAAAGGUUCACUCUUCCUCUUCGUCACCAUCUGCCACAUGCUGCACAACGUCCUGGAGUGCUGGAGGCACCAGCUGGCCCACACCCUCCAUGUGGCGUGGGAGGGCGCUGGGGAUGUCGUGGAGGAACCGGUGUGGGGCUGUAGUCAGAUGGUGCAGCUGGAGCAGCUGGUGCAGAGUCACUGGCAGGUGGUGGUAAUGGUGCGCAAGACGGAGCACCUCUUCUCCUCCACCUUACAGUGCUUCUACGCCACACAGGUGGUGACGCUGUGCCUGGAGCUGUACCUGGUGGCGUACCGUAUUGGUGCGGGUGCAGGGUACGCCGGGCAGGAGGCCGCCUGGCAGACCAUCAUCAUCUUCCAGACCUGCAUUGUCUUCUUCCUGGUGUCCCUGAAGGCCAGCAGGGUGUAUGAGGAGGCGGAGCGGUGCGUGGACGUCCUCCGACGGGGUCUGCCCUAUACUGCCUCUGAGAAGGACAAGCACCACUACGGCGAGUUGACCCUGGCGCUCACCGCCUCCCCCAUCUGCAUCAGCGGUGGUCGCUUCUUCUAUAUCAACCGUCCCUUUAUCAUCACUGUCGUGGGAGCAGUGGUGUCAUACUUCAUCAUUGUUCUGCAGCUCAAACAUCCAUCGGUGUCAGGGCAAGAUGUCUUGGCCACCACCGCCCUGAACCACUCCGUCUAAGAGCCACAACCACCCUCAACUACUCCGUCUAAGAGCCACCAUCACCUUGAACCACUCCGUCUAAGAGACACCACCACCACCCUCAACCACUCCGUCUAAGAGCCACCACCACCUUGAACCACUCCGUCUAAGAGCCACCACCACCCUCAACCACUCCGUCUAAGAGCCACCACCACCCUCAACCACUCCGUCUAAGAGCCACCACCACCCUGAAGCACCCCGUCUAGGAGCCACCACCACCCUGAAGCACCCCGUCUAGGAGCCACCACCACCACCCUCAACCACUCCGUCUAACAAUCACAGCCACCAACUUGAGGUGGCAGAUGAGACGGUUCGUAGUGGUACACUACCAGCCCUCACCGCCCGGGUGCUCCUUGUUCGUGUUACAUCUAAUCUACUGAAGAAAAUAUCCGGAUCAACAUCCUCCCAAUUGGGUGCCUGUGAACCUCAUGACUUCAUACUGUUGCUGCUUCGACUGUUGAUUAGUCAAAACAAUUAUAUGUAUCUGAACCCAUAUGUGAAAGCUGGGAAGAUGUAUAAUAUAGUGGGAUAAAAUAAGUGCUCGCACUGAUAUAUGUAUGUUUUAACACAUAUCUUGUAAUGCUACAUAUUUGGUGAAUGUUUCGGAGAGUUAUGUUUGUGAGGCGAGUGUGCCAAGGUGUAUCAGGGUGACAGGAGCCAGGUGACAGGGAGUAUCAGGGUGACAGGAACCAGUCUGUGUUAUCUGUCACCGUGCACCCGUCACACACACUCUGGGAACUCUUCCUAACUCCUGCCUGUCUGGCCUGAACUUACCUUCCGCCUCUCAUAAUAUUAAAGAAUGCCUUAUAAGAGACUG